AUGCCCGCGCAAAAGCUACAGUUCAUCCACAGCACAUCGGCACCCCAAGCCGAUCCGACCGCAUCCCAGCGGCGACUCGCGCGGUCCCACGCCGCGCGCUCCACCCACGCCAAAGAGCGCCGGCUGCGGACAAUGCAGUACCAGGCCCAGAAGGCCGAGAAGGCCCGUGAGGCAGCUAGGCGUGCUCCUGCUCCCGUGCAUACAGCAGGAUUCGAACACGGCCUGACACCCCAACCUAACCACAUCCUCUCAUACCACCGGCGAGACCCAUUCGCCAGCUCGGUCAGGAGUCUGGGCCCGAUGGAGCAGAUGCUCUUCGACCACUACAUCACCGUCGUCAUCCCCCUAAUGCGCUGCAACGCGUUGGACAGCCACUUCGCCCGCAACAUGACGCUGGCCUGGAUCCCGCUCGCGCUGUCAGAGGAGGGCCUGCUGAACAUCCUCUUCCUCGCUUCGUCUCGCCAUUUGAACGAAUGCUACCGCCAGCGGCAGCAGGCGCCAUUCCACCGCAUGGCAUUCCAGUAUAAGCUGCAUCUGCUACGGUCGCUGCGGGAGGCGAUCGAUGUGGAAACGCCGCGUUUUACAGAUAUGACAGUGCUGAAGGCUAUAAUGUUGGCGUAUGACGAGGACGGUACUGACAAAGACAGCUCUGGACGAAUGAUGAGACGAUCAUGA